AUGGACCAGACGUUAUUUCUGUUCUCAAGGAAACCACUCUACGAUAGGCUGCCUCAAAGGAGCCCUGUCACCCCACUUUGCAGAUGGGUAAAAGCCGAGCAUGGGCAGCCUCGCCCUUCGUGCCGAUCAACCACACGUGUUUUGCUUUCAGUGGUGGACCUGGCUUCCGCAGACCUGGAAGAGGUCGCGCAGAAGUGUGGCUUGUCUUACAAGGCCUUGGUUGCCCUGAGGCGGGUGCUGCUGGCUCAGUUCUCAGCCUUCCCCUGCAAUGGCGCCGAUCUCUACGAGGAACUGAAGACCUCCACUGCCAUCCUGUCCACUGGCAUUGGAAGCCUAGACAAACUGCUCGAUGCUGGUCUCUAUACUGGAGAAGUGACUGAGAUCGUAGGAGUCCCAGGUAGCGGCAAAACCCAGGUAUGUCUUUGUGUGGCUGCAAAUGUGGCCCAUGGCCUGCAGCAGAACGUCCUAUACGUUGAUUCCAACGGAGGGCUGACAGCCUCCCGCAUCCUCCAGCUACUUCAGGCCAGAACCCCAGAUGAGGAAGAGCAGGCAGGAGCCCUCCAGAGGAUCCAGGUGGUGCGUGCCUUUGACAUCUUCCAGAUGCUGGAUGUGCUGCAGGGCCUCCGAGGUGCUGUGGCCCAGCAGGUGAGCCGUUCUUCAGGAACUGUGAAGGUGGUCAUUGUGGACUCCGUCACCGCCGUGGUCUCCCCACUUCUGGGAGGUCAGCAGAGGGAAGGCUUGGCCUUGAUGAUGCAGCUGGCCUUGGAGCUGAAGACCCUGGCCCGGGACCUCGGCGUGGCUGUGGUGGUGACCAACCACAUGACCCGAGACAGGGACAGCGGGAAGCUUAAACCUGCCUUGGGCCGCUCCUGGAGCUUCGUGCCCAGCACCCGGAUCGUCCUGGCCAUCGGCGAAGGAGCAGGAGCACCGGGCAGUCAGCGCACGGCGUGUCUGACUAAAUCUCCCCGACUGCCAACAGGUUCCCAGGAGACGGUAGACAUUGGGACCUGGGGGGCUCUGGAGCAGAGCCCACUGUUACAGGGAGAGCAGGCAUGACUGUGCUGUUGAUUGGGAAGGGAGAGGCCUCGAGGCCCCCGGCUCUCCUGUGCAGGAACGCCUGCUGUUCACUGCCAGCCAGCUCUUGGGAUGCAGGACACACUCUCCGGCCCUGCAGAAGGGAAUCUCAGAUUCCUCAUUUUGUUCUCUCUGUGGAAACAUGUAGAGGAUGGCAAGAGGCUGUGGUGGAGGACCCAGAAGUUCAUGCUGGAGCCAAGUUUUCUUCCCUGGUUCCUACCAUGCGCGUGUCUACUGGAGC